AUGGCCAGGUUGCAAAAGUCCUUGAAACAAAGACAGCGUCAUGCAGCCCAGAACAGUGCCAACGUCACCAAGCUGACUCCCGCCGAAAUUCGAUCGCUUAAUAAUGGUGCCCUUACCUCGAAGACGGGUAGUCAAUCGAGCUCGAAAUCGACCUCAACUCAAUCUCGAUCAAGACGUUCAACCAAUGCAACUCCUCCAACAACCCCGGAUGAGCUUCCUGCCUACGGGGCACAGACACACCGAAACUCGAUCUCGAGGAAGAGCAACGUGAACAUCCCAACCCCGCCUCAUACCCCCAAUACUCAUCGCAGAUCCUCUCAAUCCAGCACUCAUGGCGCCCACCACCACGGCCAUCAUAUGGCUCAUGGCCAUGCGAGCGGCAUCAUCCACGCCCCUCGACCUCGAGGAUCUGCACAAGCUGCAUUCAUGUCCGCCAAUGGCUGGUCUUCCCGUCCGUCGAGCUCUGGAUCUUCGACAUACCGGGGACUUCCUACCUACCGAGGUCCAGAAAUUACACGGACAGGCUCCUUGACCAUGCUACAGUACCCGUCCCAGAAAAUUGUUUCCAAUCCGCUGUCCUACUUCUCGAGACCACGGCAGAGCCAGGUCAGCACUUCCCCAGAACGAGGGAGACAUGAGUCGCCGGAAGUCAGCAUUUAUCGCGCUCAAAGUUUGCAUAACGUGCGCUCCAACUCUGUACCAAACGUCAGUGCUCCGUCAUCAAGACCAGCGAGUCCGCCCAGAGUGACCGACUCGCCAGUGUCAAUGAUUGUGGAUAUGGACAAGUUCCCGGCCGUGGACUCGGCGGACGAUCCUCACAAUCAGCCCAAGGUUCCACUUGAUGAGGAGGUCACCCCAGCCGAAUCCAGCCCGCAAAUCGAUGACACUCAGUCCAAACCUGUGACAGAUUCGCCUGUCGAACCAGCAAAGGAGACUACGCCUCCCGAAUCACCCAGGAAGGAAAAAGAAAAACAGAAGCGAUUUACGAUCCAUACGGCCCUCUUUAAUAGUAGAGAUAAGAGCAACCAUGAUUGUGCGGAAACCACCAGUAAACUGAAAAAGGGGAGGAGGCGGACUCUUUCUUUCAGCAAAAGCAAAGAACCAGACAAGUCUCAGAAGAAGGCUGCGACACCAGUCGAGGCGAUCGACGAAGUCAAAGUAGACGGGGCGACGAUUGAGACCGAAGAUUCUUCGACCGAUCCGGCUACUCGCCCUCUCUCUUUGAUUAUUCCAAGCGAUUUCAAGGGGAAAGAAAAGGAAAUUGUCAGUGCUCCGGUUUACGCUCGAUGCGCCUGUUGUGGGAAGUUGAAGCGGCCUUCGGGAUACGCGAGCGAACUCAGUCCGGUGCUGGAAAACGAAAACUUGAGAACAAAUUUCAGCUUUGAGAUUGAACGAACGUCAGGGACGUCUGAGAGACGAGCUUCUGACGCAAGUCGCCACAAGUUCAUACCCAUAAUCCCAAUGGAAGUGGGCGAAAACGACACGCGCCAGGCGACAAUUGAACCAUACUCGGGGCCUACGACGAACCACGCCGAGCACGAGCACACGUCCUCGAUGGAUAUGAACAUCGCCUCGUCAAGUCCGGUCAAGCAGCCGAUCAGCCAGCCAAAUUCGAGUCCACGAAGAAUGAAGAGGCUUUCCACACCAUCUCGGUUUACUAGGUUUGGCAGUUUACAUGGACGACGAAACGAUUCAACCGUGAUCGCCGAAGAAGACGAGGACGCCGAAGCGGAAGGAGAAGCGCACGAGAGCCAACCUCUGCUCGGAGAGGCAUUGGAGUCUGGGGAAAAUGGUAUCGUGAACCAAAUCGUUGCUGCCGCUGCAGCAGCAGAUGAGCAGGUGAUUGCGACCAGUACGCCUGUGGUUGAGCCGAUCUCAUCAGCGGACCGCGCAUUCAUUGAACCAGUGCCUAUGAUGGCCACUUAUGAUUCUCAACUCUUGACCAGCGAGAUAUUAGAGAGUGUCCCUCUCACACGAUCAAGGGCGAAUUCGAAUCCAGAGAUGUUCUCUACACCUAUCCGGGGCACCACACCCGUGAUUUCCAACGUCAAUCUUACUCCUGUCGUCACUUCCGGUCUACCUGGUGCUCUCACUCAGGCUCAGAUCGCACAACACGAAGAGGUGGAAGAUAGUCCCGACUCUGACGCUAGGGACGAAACACCUACUUCAGCAGCUAGCACUGCAACCACUCUGCCGACUGCCACGUCACCUUCAGGCAGUGGAAAGACGGCAGCACUGACGUUCGAACCGGAGUUUUCAGCGGCAUUCUUUGAAACACCGGAUCUCUCUCUGACUCCGAAAAUCGAGUCUGACAGGAAGUUGGUGGGAACGGAUGCGCAAUCAGAGAUGGAAAAGGGCAAGCCCACAGGAAUGAGGAAGUCAACGGCGACGGCGACAACGACAGAAUGGGUGGCCGAAGUGAUGACUGUCAAAGCAUAG